AUGCUGGAGACGGUGAUUCCUGCAGAUGCGAUGACGCUGGUGAUUACCAUUCAGCCCACGGUGCGGCAUGUGCUGCAAAACACGCAGCUGGCGACCACGGCGACGACAGCGACGACAGCGGCGACUAAUGGACAGAUACGACAUGCAUUUAUCACGACCUUGUCCGCACUGGCAAUGACGUCGGCAUCGCCCUCUCUGUUCAUUGAUCCGUCGAUUUCCGGGGAGAGGGAGCGAGACGAGGGGACAUUGCGAUUAGAGACGUGUCUACAGAAUUACUUCCGGAGGGAGAUUUUGGACUUCAAUGCGGAUUAUACGUGCGAAAAGUGCAAGAAAGUGGUCGAGCUGGUGCGCGAUUUGCAGAUGGUACAUCCGCCGCUGAUUUUAAUUUUGCAUUUGAUGCGAUUUGCGUUCGACGCGAACGGAGCGGUGAAGAUUUACGAAAAUGUGAAGUAUCCGCUGCAUGGAUUGGACGUGUCGAAAUACUUUGGAAUGGAGGAAGGAAGCGUGGAUUGGGGAAAGGGAGUGAGGAUGAGAUAUGACUUGAUCGGAGUGAUUGACCAUCUGGGAACGACGAGCGGAGGUCACUACAUUGCGUUUAUCAACAUGGCGACGAAUCCAGAAAAUGAGAGGGAACUCGAUUGGUUCUGUUUCAAUGAUACGCAGAGGACUCCACUGAUGCAGCAACAAGUGGAGGAUAAUCCCAAUGCGUAUGUGCUGUUUUAUCAGUUGCGAACGAAGAAAGUUUGA